AUGGUGAAUAGCACCCUUUUCAAUACAGGCGUGAUUUCUCCAUUCCCAGCACAACUCUCUAAUUUGACUUCACUCUCUAUUCUUGAGCUAGUUAAUGGCCAACUAGGUGGUUCACUUCCUUAUCUUCCUCAACUUACAGAGCUUGAUGUGAGUAGAAGUUUUGAUCUCCAUAUUGAUUUAACUAAGAUGUUCAACCAGCAAUGGCCUAAACUACAAAGACUUUGGAUGUCGCACACAAAAGUUACCGGACAAAUUCUGGAUAUGAUUUCACAUGUGCCGGUAUUGGUCAGUCUUGAUGCCUCAGGCUGUUCAAUUCAAGAAACCCUAUCCAGUAUAUUAGCCAAUCUUUCUCAAUUGAAGUUUCUGGACACCAGUAGCAAUUCCAUAACAGGAACGUUAUCAAAUUGCCUAAAAAAUCUCCAAAAUCUUUGGUACUUCGGUAUUUCAAGUAACUCCAUUGAAGGCAGCAUCUCAAUCAUCCCUUUGGUCAACGAAUUAAACUUAGCUGAAUUAGAUACGAGUUCAAAUAUCAAGCUAAUUGUAGUUAUAGAUGAUCACUCGAAUGUGUACCCUAAUAGUAAACUAAAGAGAUUAAGGUUGACCUCAACCGGUCUCAAAGGAUCUCCUAAUUUCAUUUGUAAUUUGACUGGUCUGGUAGAGUUGGAUUUGUCUCAUAGUAACCUAACCGGAACUAUCCCUUCUUGUCUUUUCAAACUAAAAUAUCUCAAUGAAUUACACUUGGGAAACAACAUGCUUUCUGGUAAUCUACCUCUUCCGCCUCAGAACCUUUCAACUAUCGAUAUAUCAAAUAACAAAUUAAGCGGUGAAAUCUCUAUAGAAACAGGAAAAAGGCUAUCGAAUGCCAAGAUCAUCCUGCUGUACGGUAAUGAACUUUCAGGGUCGAUUCCAUUUUCUAUAUAUCCCACAGAAUCUGAUGGUGGUAUACUUGAUCUCUCCAGCAAGAGACUAAACCGGAGUAUUCGUACUAAUAUAUUUCCUGGGAGUACUCUUGCUUCUCUAAACCUUGGCGCCAACAAUCUCACUGGAAUAGUUCCAAAAGAGCUGGAAUUUGCGAAAGAUCUACAGAUUCUUUUACUAAAUGACAACCAUCUGGAGGGUACUAUAAAUUUCAUCAGUGGACUUCACAACUUGGAAUAUCUCAACUUAGGUAAUAACAACUUUGGAGGCAGUAUACCAACUGCUUUGGGUUCAAUCCAAGGCCUUAAUGUCCUUUCUCUAAGGUCAAACAAGUUGUACGGGCCAAUCCCUGAGGAGAUUCUUUAUUUACAGGAACUCUGUGUCUUAGACUUAUCCCUAAAUAAUCUGUCAGGUCAUAUUCCUUCAAGAUUAGGAAACUUGAGUGGAUUAACAAUAAAAGCACUUGCUACGCGCCGGGCGGACCCCAUAACCAUCCACCAUCAUUUGGUCCAUGUUUGCUAUGCAUUGGGCAUCUUUUUCUUUUAA